AUGGUUAAAGAAGAAUUAGAUCCACAUAAACUUGAAGGAACCUUGUUUCUCGACCAAUAUAAGCUAAAGGAAAAACUAGGAAGUGGUGCAUUUGGCAUAAUAUAUAAAGUAAUAGAUAUAAAAAAAAAUAUCGAAUAUGCCUGUAAAUUGGAAAAAUACACAACAAAACAUCCAGAUAUAAAACCAGAUAAUUUCCUUAUGGGAAUAGGGAGAAAAGAAUCUAUUGUUUACAUGAUUGAUUUUGGACUUGCCAAAAGAUAUUAAAAAGAUAAUCAACAUAUUCCCUAUAAAGACGGGAAAAACCUCACAGGAACUGCAAGAUAUGCAUCUGUUAAUACUCAUGUUGGUAUUGAAUAAGCAAGAAGAGAUGAUUUAGAAAGUUUAGCAUAUCUAUUUAUUUAUUUCUUGAAAGGAAGUUUACCUUGGUAAAAUAUAAGAGCUAAAGAUAAGAAAGAAAAAUACGAAAAAAUUAAAAUUAAAAAAUAAUAGACUAGUGUUGAAGAACUUUGUAAAGGCCUUCCAGAUUAAUUUACUUAAUAUUUAAACUAUACUAAAUCUUUAAGAUUUACUGAUAAACCUGAUUAUAUAAAAUGUAGAAAAUUAUUUAAAGACUUAAUGGAUUUAAAUGGAUUUUCUUAUGAUUAUAUUUGGGAUUGGAAAAUUCAAGAUAAAUAAAAUAAAAUUCCUUUAAGAACCAAUAAUACAAACGAUAAUAAAUAGAUGGAGGUAACUAAAAAUUAAAUAAAGUGA